UCAUAUUUAUCUCUGUAUUCGAAAUAUGUUGUUGUAUACAGAAGACAGAAAAAUAAAUAACGUCACUGAUGUUAGCAAUUCAGUACUCUAUCGAACAGCAGACAAGAUGGCAGCAGCACGUGUAUCAAGUAGAUUCCUAAAGUUUUUAAGUUCAUACCAAAGAAACUUCAACAGACAAAUCUCCAUUGCUUCAAGCCUGCAAAAUAAAAAUGCGUUCAACUGGAAUGAUCCAUUCGAUCUGGAGUCUCAAUUAACAGCAGAUGAGAUUGCGAUCAGAGAUCAAUUUCGAAACUAUUGUCGUGAAAAAUUAAUGCCUCGAGUAAUCGAGGCCAAUCGGAAAGAACAUUUUCAUAAGGAAAUCAUUAAGGAGAUGGGUUCUCUUGGUGUUUUGGGCUGCACAUUGAAAGGUUAUGGAGCUUCCAAUGUUUCUUCCGUUGCUUAUGGACUUUUAGCAAAAGAGAUCGAGGCAAUUGAUAGCGGAUACAGAUCAGCUAUGUCUGUACAAUCCUCCCUGGUUAUUGGUUGUAUAUAUCAAUUCGGUGAUGAGACGCAAAAGGAACGAUUUCUUCCUAAACUUAUUUCCGGGGAUUUAAUUGGUAGCUUCGGUUUAACCGAACCCAAUCAUGGCAGUGAUGCAGGAGGUCUUGAAACUAAAGCUGUUUAUGACAAGGAUCAAAAAGUUUACAAAUUGACUGGAAGCAAAACAUGGAUUUCAAACUCACCCAUUGCUGAUAUAUUAAUCGUAUGGGCAAAAUGCGAGGAUAAUAAAAUUCGUGGAUUUAUAGUAGAAAGAGAAGGAAAUCAGAAUCGAUUGGAAACACCGAAAAUCGAAGGAAAAUUUUCAUUGAGAAGUUCUAUUACUGGAAUGAUACUCAUGGAUAACGUCGUAGUACCUACUGACAAUUUAUUAGCGGGUGUAGACGGUUUGAAAGGACCAUUUAGUUGUUUAAACAACGCUCGUUACGGAAUAUCUUGGGGUGCUUUGGGUGCAGCCGAACAUUGUUUUCAAAUAGCCAGAGAGUAUACUUUAACGAGAUCACAAUUUAAAAGACCAUUAGCUGCCAAUCAAUUAAUACAAGCGAAAUUGUCUAAUAUGAUGUGCGAUAUAGCCUUUGGUCUUCAAGCUUGUUUACGCGUUGGAAGAUUAAUGGAUGAACAUAAAUCAAAUCCGGAGAUGAUUUCUAUGUUGAAGCGAAAUUCUGCUAGCAAAGCGUUAGAAAUUGCUAGAACCGCGAGAGACAUGUUAGGUGGUAAUGGCAUAUCGGACGAGUAUCACGUCAUUAGGCACAUGAUGAAUCUCGAAUCCGUUAACACUUACGAAGGUACUUACGAUAUACACUCUUUGAUACUCGGAAGAGCGAUCACAGGAAUAGCUGCAUUCGCUGGAUAACACAUUUUCCUUCUUCUUAUUUCUGUCAGGUUAUGACAAAGUAAUUCCACCUUUAAAACUACCGUAAAGUUGUUAAUACAUUUAAAUAUAUAUAUCAUUUAGUAAUCAUUAA